AUGUUCUCAACCCAGCUCUUGACCCUGAUCACUCUAGCGGCCUUAAGCAUGACACCGCUGACGCACGGCGCGCCAACGCCGCAAUUUGGGGGCCUUUUGAACUACAGCAACGGCGGCGCAUAUGGGAACACUCAACAGGGCGCAAACGGCUUCGGAGCGAAUGGCUACAACAGCGGCUACAACGGAGGCCAGGCCUCAAACGGCGGCCAAUCGAGCUCCAACUCCUUCCAACAAUCCUCCGGCACAUCCACCCAAUCCUCCGGAGGAGCUAGCAAUGGCUUCGGCUCCUCACCUGGCCGGGAAAGUGCUCAAGCUGAAGAAGGCUUUGUAUGGGACAAAGCAAGCAAGCCGGUGCUGGUGGAAACAUUUCAAGACCCUCUUACACGGUUGGGGAUUUGA